AGUGACCCAAGAACGAGAUUUGGCUGUAAGGGGAAAACACCAGCUCCAAGCCAAGCUGGAGAACUUAGAGCAGGUCCUAAAGCACAUGCGAGAGGCUGCGGAGCGGCGGCAACAGCUGGAGCUGGAGCAUGAGCAAGCCUUGGCUGUCCUCAACGCCAAACAGCAGGAGAUUGAGCUGCUGCAGAAGGCUCAGGUUGAAGCUAAGAAGGAACAUGAAGGAGCAGUUCAGUUGCUAGAGGCCAAGGUGCGGGAGCUGGAGGAGAAAUGCCGCACGCAGGGCGAGCAGUUUAACCUGCUGGCGCGGGAGCUGGAGCGGUUCCGGCAGCAGGCGGGCAAGAUCGAGCUGCUGAGCGCCCCCCUGGCCCCCCCAGAGCUGGCUGCCCCUCCUGCCAAAGCCCUGGGCCAGCUGAUGAACGGGAUCGCCACCUCCAUAGGCAAAGGUCAUGAAAGCCCUGCUGGAAGUCGCUGUGUGAUUUCAGAGUUCAUCCGACCCCUGCAGAUCUCUGGGGACAAACCAGAGCAGCUCUCUGUCAAACCCACGUUCCUGUCCAAGGCCAGAUCUGGGACCCCAAGAUGCAGAUUUGAUUCAGACAUGGAUAAUGAUCAGAAUUCCAAUACCUCAAAGCAGAGAUAUUCUGGGAAAGUCCAUCUUUGCAUUGCCCGUUACAGCUACAACCCCUUCGAUGGACCAAACGAGAACCCAGAGGCGGAGCUCCCUCUGACGGCAGGAAAAUACCUGUAUGUGUACGGGGACAUGGACGAGGAUGGCUUCUACGAAGGAGAACUUCUGGACGGCCAGAGGGGCCUGGUCCCUUCCAACUUCGUGGACUUUGUUCAGGACAGCGAGGCGGCGGGCAGGGAGCCGGAGCAGAGCCUGCAGGGCCGCGCGGGGCCGGCGCCGCAGGGGGACGCGCUGGCCACCAGCCCCCCGAGCCACGCGCUCAGCAACGGCGCGGGCACGCUGGACGUCAACAUCGACGAGAUCGGAGCAGACAUCGUGCCUUACCCCCGGAGAAUCACCCUCAUCAAGCAACUCGCCAAAAGUGUCAUUGUGGGCUGGGAGCCGCCCCUGGUGCCGCCCGGCUGGGGCACCGUCAGCAGCUACAACGUGCUGGUGGACAGGGAGAUCAGGAUGAACGUGGCGCUGGGCGGCCGCACCAAGGCGCUGAUCGAGAAGCUCAACAUCUCGGCGUGCACCUACCGCAUCUCGGUGCAGAGCAUCACCAGCAGGGGCAGCUCCGACGAGCUGCAGUGCACCUUGCUGGUGGGCAAGGACGUCAUCGUGGCCCCCUCCCAGCUGCGCGUGGACAACAUCACCCAGAUCUCUGCCGAGCUCUCCUGGCUCCCCACCAACAGCAACUACAGCCACGUCAUCUUCCUCAACGAGGAGGAGUUCGACAUUGUCAAGGCUGCUAGCUACAAGUACCAUUUUUUUAAUCUGAAACCCAACAUGGCCUACAAGGUGAAGGUCAUGGCAAAGCCCCACCAGAUGCCCUGGCAGCUUCCCUUGGAGCAACGAGAAAAAAAGGAAGCCUUUGUGGAGUUUUCUACGUUGCCAGCAGGUCCUCCAGCUCCACCCCAGGACGUGGCUGUCCGGGCAGGCUCCACGCCAGGGACCCUCCAGGUGUGCUGGAAGCCCCCAGCCCUGUCGGCCACAGGGACAUCCCACGGUGCCAGCGUCACAGGCUACGGGGUGUAUGCCAAAGGGCAGCGGGUGGCAGAGGUGAUGCUCCCAGCAGCCGAGGGCUCGCCGCUGGAGCUGCUGAGGCUGCGCAGCCUGGACGCCAGGGAGGUGACGGUGCGGACGCUCUCUGCACAGGGGGAGUCCCUGGACUCUGCUGCUGCUGCCAUUCCACCUGACCUCCUGGUGCCUCCAACCCCUCACCCCAGAACCCCCAAAUCUAAGCCAUUAGCAAGUGCCGGAGCCCCAGAAACCAAAGAAGACCAUUUCGGCCCCCACGUGAGGAGGGACGAGUGGGAGCAGACUCGCUCGGCGUCCCCCGCCCACGGACACAUGCUGGAGCCCCCCAGCCUCCACGGGCCCCUCCAGGGCAGGAGAUCUCCGUCCCCCAACAGGAUCCUGCCCCAGCCUCAAGGCACCCCCGUCCCCAACACCGUCGCGAAAGCCAUGGCGAGAGAAGCUGCGCAGAGGGUGGCAGAGAGCAGCAGGCUGGACAGGAGGAGCGUGUUCAGCGACAGGAGCAGCACGGCCCCCUACUCUGACGAGGAGGAGGACGGCUACGACUCCCCCAAGGUCAAGAGAAGGGGAGCCUCGGUGGAUGAUUUCCUGAAAGAGUCAGAACUUGGGAAGCAGGCUCACUACUGCCCCGGGGAUGAGUACCACACGGAGAGCAGCCGUGGCUCAGACCUGUCAGACAUCCUGGAGGAGGAUGAGGAGGAGCUGUACUCGGAGAUGCAGCUGGAGGAGGGCGGCCGGCGGCGCCUGAGCCUCACCUCGCACGGCGCGCUCAAGCUCCUGGGGAAGGCAGCCUCGGCGGGACGGCCGGACAGGGCCGAGCACGGGCGCAGGGCGCACGGCAGCGCGGGGGCACCGAGGGCGCGGCCGCUGCUGGUCCCUUCCAUGGAUGGCUACGGCGGUCAUGACCAUCUUUCUCCAGAUAUUUAUGAAGAAUCUGAAACAGAUCCUGGCACAGAAGAUCUCUCCACUCGAAUAUUUGUUGCACUCUUUGACUACGACCCCCUGACGAUGUCCCCAAACCCCGACGCUGCAGAGGAGGAGCUGCCCUUCAAGGAGGGGCAGAUCAUUAAGGUUUACGGGGACAAGGAUGCUGAUGGAUUUUACCGUGGAGAAACCUGCACGAGAAUUGGCCUUAUCCCCUGCAACAUGGUGUCAGAGAUCCAGGCAGAGGAUGAGGAGAUGAUGGAGCAGCUCCUGAAGCAAGGCUUCCUUCCUCUGAACACUCCCAUCGAGAAAAUCGAGCGGGGCCGCCGCGGGGCCCGGCAGCAGCAGCAGCAGCAGCAGCAGCAGCCCGUGGCCACCAGGAGGAUGGUGGCUCUCUACGACUACGACCCCAGGGAGAGCUCCCCCAACGUGGAUGUGGAGGCCGAGCUGACCUUCUGCACUGGGGACAUCAUCACUGUCUUUGGUGAGAUCGAUGAAGAUGGAUUUUACUAUGGGGAGCUCAAUGGACACAAGGGGCUGGUUCCUUCCAACUUCCUAGAAGAAGUGCCUGAUGAUGUUGAAGUCUUUCUCUCCGACGCUCCCUCGCGCUACGUCCACGACACCCCCAUGCGAUCCAAGGCAAAAAGGAAGAAGAGUGUUCAUUUCACACCUUAAUAAGGCAAUGUAGCCUUCACGUAAGUGAGCAACUGAAGAUACCAAUAGAGAUUUCAAUUAAAGCUACCUGGCUAUCUAAUGCAAGUCUUGAAACUUAAUUGUGGGGAACAGAAAAGAAAUAUGUCUCCAAACCCCUUGGCCACAGAAGAACGGGCUGAAUGCCUUUGCUGUACCCAGACAAGUCCACUCCUUCUUUAGGAGACAAAUCCUUAAAACCAGGAGCCCUGAAAUCCAUCACCUCCCUUGGUGCAGGUCAGCGUUUGGAACAUAUUUCUUCCCGAGCUCAAUGUUUAUGUUUACAUAGAGAGGAGAGUUUGAUGUCUAAGCACCCUGCAAACAAAGCUGCAUAUUGCAUUGCUAGCCAAGCUGGGAUGUAAAAAUUCCAAGCUCCUGAGUGCAGAGCAAAGCACAAGCUGCAGCCCCUGCAGGAACUGCCCUGGCACUUUGCACGGGGAUCCUUGGCUCUGGAGCUCACUGCACUCAAACACAGCUUCUGCGAUUGUCUGCCUUAAAUUGUGCUUUCCACAGUCCAUUAUGCCCCAGUUUGCCUAAGACCAACUAUUCAACACUUCUGAAAAGACCCCCUCCCUGUGGUACAAUGCACUGGGGUUUUCCUAGGAGUGUCAUUUGCAAUGUGAGCACUGUUUGGUUUACCAAUGCAAUAAAAGUCUGACCUGAACAUGCAGCUCACUGAAUGAAUGCAUUAGACUCGAGAUCUGGUAUCUUCAGGUGUACGUUGGGGUGCUUUACCAAGUUGUUUUGUUUUCUGUUUUGUUUUGUUUUUUUUUUUUUCAUUAGAAUUAGACCUUGAUUUAAAAUCAAAGUAGGCUUGAAGCCCCUUUGCAUAACUCUCUGUUGCACAACGAGCCAGUAAAUUGCUGAUGUUUUGACUUGGACUGCAAGCUAGCAGGCCUCCCUACAGCAUGGAUUCUGCUUUGAAAAUAUCACCUGAAUUGGUAGCAACCAUUCUGCCAGCUGGGCACUGUAGUUAGGAUAGGCUGAGUAUAUGUAAUUUUAGCAUUUUCAUCCAAGUGCUUCUGAUGACUGAAAAAAAACAAAGCUGUUCAAAAUAUUUAGGAAUGCUGUCAUCUAACAGCCUCAUAGCUGCAGCAAACACAUCAAGCACUCAGGGCCUUUAAGCUUUCUUUGAUUGCAAUUAAGGUUCAUUUUUAGCUUUUUCUUUUUCCUUUUUUUUUUUUUUAAGCCAGUGUGCCAUCUUCUCUAAUCUGUACAUAAAGUUUGCUAGCCAAUUUUAAAGAAAAGGCAUUUAAAGGACAUUAAAAAGUAAGUGAUCAUGUAGCAUUUUAAGUCAUUUCUUCUGAAAAGAGUUUGGCUUCUAUAGAUUGCUAAUCUGUAGUAAUUAACACGUUUAUUUUUCUUAAAUCUAUAGCUAAAAGUAUCCCUCUCCAUUUUAGUACUAUGAGAGUACUGAAAUGAAAAACCAAAGCCAGUUUUGUGGCUUUUGUGGCCAGAAUUCUGGCAAAGCAAGUGUAUCCAACUUUUCCUUUAAAAAGGUAUAACCAAAACUGGGCUUUAUCCGUGGGUUUUCUAUUUCUAUAAUUUUUUUUUCUCUAAAUUGAUGUAUUUUCCAUAAGCCCACGCAGUAUUUUAAGGCAGAGAGAAGAAAGAAACCAGCCCUUUUGUUUAAGUGGGGAAUGGGACAAGUGCUGUUGCCAAGUUUCUUGCUGCUGACGGCUUUGAAGCUUUCAAAGAUUGAAUAAAUGAUAACAAUGUACCUACUAGGUUCCUCCCGAGAAUACAGGUACAGCCCGGAGAGCAGCAUCCCCCCCAGCUCAUCUCCACCCCGGGUCACCUCCGUCACCUGUCCUGGGCUCU